UUAGCGCUCCUGCCGCGGUCACAUUCGGCUCACUUUUUCGUAAAACAUCGUUAAAGAAUGACUAAUUUGCCAGUUUUAAGUAUUUACUCAAUGGCCAGCUAAUUACACUUUGGAAACGAGCAGAAAAAGCAAAGUUUAGUUAACGUUGGAGACUCGAGCGGGAAAAGCAAAGCAGCCAAGAUGAAGAGGCAGUUUGCGAAAAUCAAAAUUGCAGCCGAAAAUCUGUCAAGGUCGACAAAAUCGGAUUGCAAAGAUUCGGAGCUGGAGACGAUCGAGCGGCAGGUGGACAGAUACCGAGACACCAUCGAGAAGAUCGUUCGGAAGCUACCGGCACUGAGUGGCAGCGGCAACAGCAGCAGCAGCAGUGCCAAUGGCCAGGUGAGCAGCGAGGAGCAGGACAAGCGGACCAAGAAGAACAGCCAUUACAAGAUUGCCCAGGCGCUGGACGAGUCCGCCAAGGAGCUGCCCAAGGAUAUGCCGCUGCAGAAGGUCCUCGCCAAUUGUGGAGAGCUGGAGAAGACGAUGGCCGAGUGCAUCAUCGAGAGCGAGUUGGAGACGGAGACCAAGGUGGUGCGGCGACUGAAAAACAUUUUGGACAAGGAAAUCCAGGAGAUCUCGACGCUCAAGCGCAAUGUAUCGCGCACUCUGCAGGAAUACACCUCGCUGAAGCGUAGUUAUGAGGCGGCAAUCCGGCUGGAGGAGCCGGCGUCCAAGGUAAACCACAUCAAGAGCCAGCAGGAGGAGUGCGAACUGAAGCUGGAGAAGGAGCGAGAUGCCUGGGCGGCCCAGAUGCUAGAGCUGAUAGCCAAAGAGGACGAGAUCGUGAGCUGCAUCCGCGACUAUGUGCUUAACCAAAGAAACUACCACGAGCGGGCACUGCAGCAUGUGAACGCCUCGCUGGCCCGCAUCCAAGACACCAUUCAGGGCACGGAGAAGUCCCGCUUUGGCACUUCGCUCAAGGAACAUCUGACAUCCACCAACCGCGAGAUCUCUUACAUCGUUGAGCUGUGCUGUUGCUGCCUGCUGGAGCACGGCCUGGAGGAGGAGGGCCUACUGCGCGUGGGCUGUGCCAGCACCAAGCUGCGCCGCAUGAAGCACGCCCUGGAGGCGCAGCACGUGAAGACCCCGUUGCCGCUGGACUACCAGGAUCCCCAUGUCAUUGGCUCCAUACUCAAGCUCUACCUGCGCGAGCUGCCCGAGCCGCUGCUUACCUAUGGCCUGUACAAGGACUUUAUCCGGAUUGCCGAGCGGCAGAACGAGUCCGAGCGCAAGACGGAGAUCAAGGCCAUUCUGGGCAAGCUGCCCAAGGAAAACUAUGUCAACCUGCGCUACCUCACCCGCUUCCUGGCCCAUGUCCAGCAGCGCUCCGUGCACAACAAGAUGAGCUCCCAGAACCUGGCCAUCGUCAUGUCACCGAACAUGCUCUGGCCGCGCAUCGACAAGAGCAGCAACGCCCCGGCCGACUACAUCGGACAGGUGAACAGUUCCUCGGCGGCCAAUAUAAUUGUAGAGAUGUUGAUCAGUCAGUGGGAUUACUUCUUCACCGGCGAUGUCGAGUUCUAUCUGACGCUACAAAAGCAAAAACUCUUUGUCGAAGGCAAAAGCAAGUCCAAUUCCUCCAACGAAAACCUGGACAGAAACGAUAGUGAAGUCAUGGAGAGUCCUCGCUACGGCACCUUGAGGCGUCAGAAAGCCAAUGCUCCAUCGCCGCCAACCACCAAUGGCAAUGGAACGAGCAUCAUGACCACAUCACAAACGUCGCAUCGCCCGCAUGCCAAGGAACUAUUCCCGCAGCAACAGCCGCCGGCGGAGAAGCAGCAGGAGAAGCCCGUCAAGCCGCCGCUACCAAAUCUGCCGCAGUUCCAGUCAGCCGCCGUCAGUGGGCCCACGCAUACGCAGCUCGAGCCACUGCCCCCGCCACCUGUGACACCCGCCAAGCCUGUACCGAUGACAAGGACACAGUUCUUUGGUCUGGAUAACUUGCCCUCGCCUACGGCUGAUCGCAAGAGCACCGAUAGCAUCGGUAGCUUUAAACUAAAGCCAGAUGUGCCGCAGAAACCGCAGCUGCCCAAGAGGCCGGUGGUACUAGGCGUUGGUGCGACCAAAGUAGAUGGAAAGAGCGACGACGAGGGUGCCAUAACGCCCACCCAGGCGACAAUCGAUAAUGGCAAUGGCUCUGUCCGCUACAAAACGGAAAACUUUCUGGAUAAACUGCGCCAGGAGACCAGUGACACGAACGGAACGCGGGAGGAGGUGCCAGCGGCCAAGGAGAGCAACCACAACACCGAGACUCAGUCGUCAGCCGUUACGGAGACACAACAACAGCAGCCACAGGCGCAACCUCAGGCUACGACUCCGAUCUCGCCGAACUCAUUUCAUACGCCCAAGAGGCCAACGGUGCCAGCACCGCCGCCUCCCACAAAUCGCAAGCUCUCGGAUUAGAGGCAGUCGUGGAAGGAAGUCAGAGUCACUAGGUGUUACUGUUUACUCGUUAAGACUUGAACGCACAGUAAUCUAUAUAUAUAUAUAUUUAAAUGAUCCUUGCGGUUAAAAGAGGAGACGUUGUGCAUUAUAGAGCAAAGAGCCUCGUGUGUAUUCUGCAUUUGUAUUUUUGCCUUGUCAAUAAGCAAUCUAAUUUGUACGAGUUUAGCCAUAUAACAUUUAUCAAGCGAUAUCCACAUACAUAUAUGUACGCAUAUAUAUAUAUAUAUAUACAUAGUCUGUAGUAGGCCACCGUAACUCAAUUGUCGAAAUUGGAUUUGUUAGCGCCCAAAACUGAGCGAGCUCUCAAUUGUUAAUCCUUAUUUAAAAGGUUGUGAUACAUCAGAAAGGUUUGUGUUUCCUUAAUUUUGUUUUGCAACGCAUUUUCAUCGAAAUUUCAUUGUGAUUUCUCUUAAUUAAUAUUAUUAUGAUUUCGUUAAAGGCGUAAAGUACGCAUGCUGAUGCUCCAUUCUGAAUUCGGGCUGACACAGAACUAUUUCCAAUGUAUUCGUUUGAUUUAUUCAAAUCACCAAGUAUGAUUAUUAUCAUUUAUGAUGUACUAUAUAUAUUUUGUAUCUUUG